AUGGCGUCAACAGAAGACAAUAACUAUAGUCUGGACAAAGUUUACAACACAUGGCAAGUUGUUUUGAGAGAAGAUGGCACGGUUUUGUUACCUGAAUUUAUUGCUGCAUUUCGCGAAUUAAUCAAGUUUUUUGAUCAUUUAAAUAUUGUGUUUUCAUUUGUGUCACGUGAUUUAGUCGAUAAAUUUGUAUUAAUUGAAAAUUUAUGCAAGAGUGAAAAAUAUGAUUAUUAUAAAAGUGUACAAACAAUGUUAAAAUACGAAACGAGUAUUAGUUCAUACGAUGGCACUAUAGCAUUAUUACGUCUAUUAAGAGCAUUGGAAUUCACUUAUAAAUUUCUCCAACGAUCGUUUUUAUCGGAAACAACCAAGUCAACAAAAACCAUUGCAUAUGAAACAUAUAAAGAAUCUUUAUAUAAAAGACACAGUAAAGCCGUUCAGUGGGCAGUAUGGGCAGCCACAAAUACUCUACCGAAGCAACAACAAUUGAAACAACAGUUAUUGAAAGGUGAAAAAGAAGCUGGAACAGUUGAUAAAACAUUUCCAAUUAUUAGUAAUGUUUAUUCUGCAAUAAAUAAUUUAUAUACCGAAAAAGAUCUAUUAGAACUUGUAUCGUUAUAA